AUACAAGUGGACAACAAAAAAACAAUAACCCAAUCUCUCUCUCUCUCUCUCUACAAAUAUAUAUGCUGUCCAUCACGUAUUUGAAGCAGCAGUACUAAGUUUCCUAAGAAAUUAAACCAAUAAAUGAGAAGCUGCUAGCAGAGAAAGAAAGAAAAUAUGCCUUCCUCACUACAAUUUCACAGAACCAUUCCCACCACAACCACAACCCUCAUUCCCCACAAACAAUCCCAAACCUACGCACUCCCUCACAACCGAUUCCACUCAGUACCCGACUCCGUAGCUAGCCACCACACCCACAUGUUGGGUCCCAACCAGUGUUGCUCCGCCGUUGUCCAGAACAUUGACGCGCCCGUCUCCACCGUCUGGUCCCUGGUCCGACGAUUCGACGAACCGCAGGCCUACAAGCACUUCCUCAAGAGCUGUCACGUCAUCGAUGGCGAUGGCGACGUGGGCAGCCUCCGCGAGGUCCAAGUCGUGUCAGGCCUGCCCGCCGCCUUCAGCACCGAGCGCCUAGAGAUCCUCGACGACGAGCGCCACGUCCUCAGCUUCAGCGUCGUCGGUGGGGACCAUCGCCUCCACAAUUACCGGUCCGUUACCACCCUUCACGCGGCAUCUUCCGCCGGAAAUGGUACGGUCGUGAUUGAGUCCUACGUGGUUGAUGUGCCGCCUGGUAAUACCAAGGAUGAGACGUGUGUGUUUGUGGAUACGAUAGUACGUUGCAAUUUACAAUCUUUGGCGCAGAUCGCUGAGAAUAUGGCUAGAAACUAACAAAUAUAUGAUGCUCAUGAUUUUUUUCUUUUUUGGUCUCUGAUAUUGGUCGGAUCGAUCGUGUAUCAUGGAUCAUCAUCAUUGAGACGCACAUGGAAUAUUCGUAGUUAGGUUAUUCUGAAGACUUUCUCAGGUGGCAAUGGUUGGAGUUGAUCAUAUAUAUAAAAUACGCAUCUUACUCCUGCGUAUAUAUUUUAGAUUGUUUCCCUUUAUCAUCGAUUCUUUGGUAGAUUAAUAGCGUUUUUUUUUUUGUUUUUUUGUUCCAUCUGAGCAUGUAAUUUGGAAGAUGUGUUUUAUAUAUAUAGUCAUCGUGAACUCUCCCUCUA